GGGGAAAUCGCAGGAUAUGUGGAACCAAUACUGAGAGAGAGAGAAAGAGAGAAUUGACGCAUUCGAUGUCGCACGUGGACGACGAGAGAUUUUAUUUACCGACACUAACCUAACACGCGCUCUUUCCUCUUAUUAGAUAAAUUAAAUUUUCUUCAGAUGGUGUGAAAUACCAUCCAUCUUUCUAGAUUUUAUAGUAAUGAUUAAGAGGAAAAAUAUAAUAAAUAAUUAUUAAAUAAAUAAAAUCCUCUUAUAAAAUAGGUAAAAAUCUUCAGACUGUCAGAAACAAUUAUUGAAUGAAAAAGGAAUAUAUAUUUUUUGUAGAAUGUCUGCUAAAUCAAGAAAAAGUUUAUCACCAUGGUUACAAUGCGACAAGUGUCAAAGCGUCUUAACACAAAAAAGUUUAUCAUUACAUGAAAAUGAUUGUCCACCUUGCUUGGAAAACGUAGAAAGAGAAUAUUCUUUUAUUCUCAAUGGAAUUUUGUACAGCACUGUAGAACUUUAUCAACCCCAAGUGAUAUAUGUCACAGAAUUACCAAAUCAUAUUUCUGAGAAGACAUCUAUUGGUAUGGUAUUUAUAUCAUCAUCUGCUAUGCAAGUAUGCAAUAUUGCAAUUGGUGAUGCAGUCGUAGUUGAGACUAACAAUGCUAAAGUUGUUAAGACUGCUUUUCCUACCAAUGAUACAUGUUUAACAAGUGCUUCUUUAACAAAGCAAGCUAUUGACUUAGAUAAUUUGAAUGGACCAAUGAAAAUAUAUUUAUUGGAAGAUAAUAUUCAUAUCGCUAAAGAGAUUGUACUUAAACAACUAAGUAAACAUUCAAUAUGUGAAAGUAUAGCCAUAGAAGUUGAUAUUAUUCUAAAAUGUUUUAAUGAGCACAAAAUAUUCACUCUUGGUAAUAGAGUAAUGAUUCCAUUUUAUGGAAGGAAGCUAAUGUAUGAAACUGUUCAAAUUAAAACAGAGGAUGGAAAAAAAGCACAGAUAAAACCAACAGCUGAAAAUAAUCUGUCGACGGCUUUAGAGAGGAUAAAUUUGGAAACUAAAUCCUCAGAAAUGACAUAUUUUAAAGCACUGUAUUCAACCAAAUGGACAAUACUUCCAAAGAAGGAAGUUGAAGAAAGUAGUCCGAAGAAAACAUACAAAAUUAAUGAUAUAGCAGGAUACGAUGCCCUUAUAUCCGAUAUAAGAGAUAUAGUUCAGAUAGGUAUUGGUAAAUACAAAAGUGUCAAAAAUUUUGGUGCCAAUAAAGGAGUGUUACUGCAUGGUCCCUCUGGUGUUGGCAAAUCUUUAAUAGCUAACGCCAUAAUCUCAGAAUGCAAUGCAAAGACAUUCAUUGUUUAUAGUUCGGAUAUUUAUAGCAAGUCUAUUGGCGAGACGGAAAAUAGACUCAAAGAAAUUUUUAACAAGGCAAUAUCAACUGCUCCCAGCAUAAUACUGUUGGAAGAUUUGGACAGCUUGUGUCCCAUGAAAAGUAACAACACUACAGAUCACGAGAGAAGAAUCCUUGCGCAGUUAACGGCACUGUUUGACGAUUUGCACAGCACAAAGAGCGACGUAUUAGUUAUGGGUACAACCUCGAAACUAUAUUCCGUAGACAGUUCUCUGAGGAGGCCCGGUAGAAUAGACGUAGAGUUUGAAAUUUAUGUACCAACUCCAAACAUGCGUUUGGAAAUAUUGACGAAAUUAAUUUCGAAGAUUCCCAACACUCUUUCGGAACAGGAUGUGCAGGUUCUCUCGUUAAAUACACAUGGCUUUGUUGGCGCGGAUUUACACGGUUUGUGUUCCAAAGCGAUAUUCAGUGCGGUGAAACGCCAAGAGAGAAAGGCCCUUUUCGAAGAACAUGCAUCUUUCGAUAUUGAGCCAAUAGUGGCGAUAGAGGAUUUUGAUUGCGCCUUGAUUACAACGAAACCUUCAGCUAUGAAGGAAGUUCUGGUGGAAAUACCAAGUGUAAAAUGGUCGGAUAUCGGUGGACAGAAAGAUUUGAAGCUAAAAUUGAAACAAGCCGUCGAAUGGCCUUUAAAGUUUCCUGAUGCAUUCAGGAAAAUGGGUAUUACGCCUCCGAAAGGCAUUUUGAUGUAUGGACCACCAGGAUGUUCGAAAACCAUGAUCGCGAAAGCUCUCGCCACUGAAAGUAGAGUGAAUUUUUUGAAUAUCAAGGGUCCGGAAUUAUUUUCGAAAUGGGUCGGUGAGUCUGAGAAGGCUGUGAGAGAAGUUUUCCGAAGGGCGAGGCAAGUAGCACCGUCAAUCGUGUUUAUCGACGAAAUAGAUGCAUUAGGAGGCGAGAGAAGUUCAUCUUCCGGCGGUAGCGGUAGCAAUGUGCAGGAACGAGUACUGGCUCAAUUACUGAUCGAACUUGAUGGCAUCGUUGCUCUGGGAAGCGUUACGCUGGUAGCAGCUACUAAUCGUCCAGAUAAAAUUGACAAGGCGCUUCUCCGACCUGGACGACUAGAUCGUAUAAUAUACGUUGGACUGCCGGACGAGGAGACUAGGCAGGAAAUAUUUAUUAUAAAAUUGCAAAAGAUGCCGAUCGCGAAGGAGGUGGACGUUACAGACUUGGUUUGGCGGACGAACGGUUAUACCGGUGCAGAAAUUCAUGCGAUAUGCCAUGAAGCUGCUAUGAAAGCAUUGGAGGAAAAUAUUAAUGCUGAAACAGUCACAAAAAAACAUUUCGAAACUGCAUUAACACUUAUUACUCCUAGGACAUCUUCCUCACUAAUAAAACUUUAUGAAGAUUAUAGAAAUAAUGUUUUAUGAUAAUCACAUCAAAGAGUACGAAUGGAAUGUAUUCUUAUUGUUCAACAAUAAAAAUAUCAAAAGUU